AUGUGUAUCAAUUGCUUAGCUUUAAAUCAUGUCAUUGCAAAUUGUUCCAGUCGAUACUCUUGCAGUCAAUGCAAUAAAAGACACCAUUCACUUCUAAACUUGACUCAGAGCUCACCAUCAAAUUUUCGAGAUCUCAAUGCAGCUUCAAACCCAUUUGUAGCACAAGAUAAUCAAGCACGUACCUCACAAGCUCACCUCUUGAAUAUUAGUCAUAGUUCUUCAGCACCCAUCCCAGACCAUUAUAUAUCAUGUUCUCACAUACAGUCCGCUCCAUCUCCCCAUUCAUCAAACGAAAUACAACAGAACUUUUUUGUACAUGCUCAUCGAAGAGUUUUAAUCGAUAUCCGUGGUCGUGAUGGUAUUCAUCGCGUAAGGGUCUUGAUUGACCCUGGUUCCGAGUCUUCUAUUAUCACAGAAUCAACUCAACAACGUCUAAACCUACCAACUAAAGCCUCAGACAUUUCGAUUCUUGGAGUCAGUGGUACCCAGACAGCUAAAUCAAACAAAAAAUGUCUGAUUUCAAUAAUCAAUAGUGAAGCUCCAAGCGAAUCAAUCGUCACAAGUGCACUUAUUCUUAAAAAACUCACAAAUAAUUUACCUUGUAUGUCAUUUGCUUCAGUUGAUCCAUACGAAUCAGAAGGACUUUGUUUAGCCAAUCCAACCUUCAAAAAUUCUUCUCAAGUAAAUUUGCUUAUCGGAGCAGAUCUUUACCCAAGCAUUAUACGUAAUGGUGUUAAACAUAUUUCAAAUUCACUGCUAGCUCAAAAAACUGUUUUCGGCUGGAGUCUUUCCGGACCAAUCCCUCACACAGUUCAGGCUUACACUACUCGUAUCGUGGAUAAUGAAUCCCUUGACAAAAGCGUCAAAAGGUUUUGGGAGUUGGAAGAAGUUUCUGGACUAAAACACUUUGCUUCUGAACAAGAUAAAUACUGUGAAGACCUUUAUACGAAAUCUACCUUUAGACUUCCCAAUGGAAGAUAUGUAGUAAGUUUACCCUUUAAACCUGAAUUCGAACCAUCUUAUCUUGGAAACUCGAGAAAUGUUGCAUUACAACAAUUUUUUCGCACAGAACCUAAUCUUCAGAAAAAACCCGAACUUCAAAAUAAAUAUUCUCAGGUGCUUAACGAAUACCUUACGUUAAACCAUAUGCGCAGAGUUACACUUCAUGAAAGAUACAAUUCCACUAAUGUUUCUCCAUACUAUCUGCCUCACCAUGCAGUUCUUAAGCCAGAGAGUCACUCUACAAAAGUAAGAGUUGUGUUUAACGCCUCAAGCAGCACGUCUACCGGUAAAAGUCUUGAUGACUGCCUCUAUGCUAGACCCACUCUCCAAAGUGAUUUGCCGUCUAUAAUACUCAAAUGGAGAAUUUUUAAAUAUGCUUUCAAUGCGGACAUCGAAAAGAUGUACCGCUAG